AUGAAUUUAAGACUUUUAAUUAUGGAUGCAGUGGAUGAACGCAUCUGUAACCCUCUCGCGCGGUUUUCAUGCUCAGCUCUUGAUGGUGGAACUACACACACGUUUGCUUUUCAUGAAAACAGGAGAUUCGCACCCGUUCGGAGCAGUUUGACUGGUUCGCUGGCUGGCUGGCUGGCUGGCUGGCUGACUGACAAUGUUGCAAUUUGUGUACAUGCUUGUCCCCUUCCGUCAGGGUUGCCACUUUUUGAUGUAAAGAAUGGGAAUGCCUUUGGUUUUAGAACGUUGCGUAGCCCUAAAAGAGCGAUCUCCUUUAUCGACAUGAAAAAAUGGACAACACAGAAAAUGAGUGAUGACAGUGGUGAAAGAUUUGGCUCUAUCAGAUGAGCGUUGGGUUGCUAUUCAUACACAUAUCUCUCCGCCCCACCUCCCCAAGGGCGUCUCUCCUCGGAAUGAUGUAUGAAAAAAGAAACAAUAAAAUCUCAACCCAUCUCUCUUCUAACUCAACAAAAAGAUAAGAGAUGACACUACGAUUAAACAAGAUUUUUAUUGGCAAAUAAUUUUAAACCCACAUGAGCACAUAAUCAUUAUGAGAUUGAAUCGCCCGGGUCAGAUCAAAUAGAAGGGGAGAAGGGUGCUAAAAAACCUUUUGAUAGUCAAUAAAGGAAAAAGGCAGUAGAGAAGGGAAGAGUAAAAGAGGGUAAAUCCAGGACUAGAUUAGUCCUGAGUGAGCCACGGACUAACUUGUUACCAAGAG